AAUUACAUAACAGGAGACAAACCCCGCAACAAGUUAUUAUUCGCUAAGCUAUACGUGAUAUCGAAUCUGUUGCGAUAAACAAAGAUUUGUAUUCAUUAUGCCGCCUAAAGCUAGUGGUAAAGCUGUUAAAAAAGCUGGUAAAGCACAGAAGAACAUUAGCAAGUCCGAUAAAAAGAAGCGUAAGAGGAAGGAAAGUUAUGCUAUUUACAUCUACAAAGUACUUAAGCAAGUCCAUCCGGAUACUGGAAUUUCCAGUAAAGCCAUGAGUAUUAUGAAUAGUUUUGUCAACGAUGUUUUUGAACGAAUUGCCGCGGAAGCAUCGAGAUUAGCUCAUUACAAUAAACGUUCAACAAUCACUUCUCGAGAAAUUCAAACUGCAGUGCGUUUGUUGUUACCUGGUGAGCUCGCAAAACACGCUGUUAGCGAAGGUACUAAAGCUGUGACCAAAUACACAAGCUCAAAAUAAAUGAUUAAAAUCGUGGAAUUAUAAAACCGGCCCUUUUUAGGGCCAC